AUGAGUUACCUCCACUUUUGCUUCAACACUUCCGUCGUCACAACCCAAGGCCUCAGCACCCACACCCUCUUCUUUCCCUUCCUCUCCUUCAAGCACAUCUCGACCAUCGACUCGACACCUCUCCGCACAUCCAGAGCCAGCAUUCUCCGGAUUCCCCUCCCCACUUCCAGCGACAUCAUUUCCCCGACGUACAUAGCGCCCAUCACUUCAUCGUCGACAUCAUCGACCGCCACCCCCAAAACCACGACCCGCGACUCCAAAUCUGAUCUCGACAACAUCCAUCUCGCUUCGCUCCAGGUGCCGAAUCUGCCCUACUGUACUGAAUCCCAAUACACCCUCAACGCUGGCUGCUCAAUUCGAGCAGCCCAUCUCGGCGCAAUGCCUUACCCUCUCGAUACGCACGUCCUGACAGUGGACACCAAUGUCAUCAACAAGGUCGAUACCUCAAAUCCUCAGAACCUCUACAGCAUGUGGACUGUCUUUGCCAAGUGCGCAGAGUCUGUUGAGCAGGGUCGCAGGUUAGAAAACCUCAGCUGGCGAUUGUGGAACCGUGAAACGUUCUGCUGCACCGAGGAGGAACAAGCCUCCAUCACCGCCACCAGCCUGCCCAGAGAGAUUCCCCAAGCCAGCAGAAUACAAGAUAUUCCUCAACUGUCCGGCAGUGUCGAGUCAGAAAACGACGACGAGGCAGUCGACUUCACUUCAUUGUCCGCACCCCUCGAGAUCCGACCCAGAAUCCAAAGACAGGACUCUUGCGCGAGCAACCGCAGCCGUGGCAAGGAACGCCACAUCACUUCCGGCGACUUCGAGAAGAUGGUCGUCUCCAUUAUCAAGGAGAACGAGCCCUUGUCUGCACCUCUUCCGCAAAUGGCCUCCCCUUACAUGCCUCCUAUGAAGGAGACUCCCGACCUGGCCCCUGCCUCCCCCGUCUACGAGCACUCUGGAUCUACCACAACCGAGUCGCCUUGCAAGUCGUCGGAAGAAGAGCACUCCCAAGAGCCGACCUCACCCGAAAUCACCUCUCGCACCACCGUCGUCCGCGGCUUCUCUCCAUCCCAGAUCCCCAGAGCCAUCCCUGCCUCUCCCAAGGUUAUCUCUCCCGCCGCCAUUCCCGAGCCGAGGUCAUCACCUGCAGCCAAGCCCAUCCUGUCCAAGAAGCAGCCCAUGUUCUCCAUCGGCGAGUCUUGCUCCUCGAGUGAACAAGGCCACAGCAUCGAGAACCUCAGACCCAUUCCCGCUCCUGUCCAGAAGCGCAAGAUGUUCCAGGUCGGCGGCUCCUCCGAGGAGGACAGCUCUCUCAAGAGUGCUCUUGCCUCCCAACCCGGCUCCCUGCUCACCGGUCAGAAGAAGACGACUUCCUUUGCCGACCAUGUCUCCACCCGCAUGAUCAACGACGAUAACUCUGCUAUUGCCGACGACUCAGAGACCGACUACGUUGACGAGAGCGCCAUUGAUGAUGACGACGACUCUUCCGACUGGGAAGACUCCAUUGAGGACAGCAACAAGUCUAGUAUUGAUGAGAAGACCUUCUUCCAGCGCGUCGACUCCAAGGUCAAUUUGACGUCGCGCCGUUCAUUGAUCACGCUCAUGAUGACUGAGCAGAACGACCGCUCCAGCAAGCUUGGCAACAUUGCUUCCCAGUCUACUUCGGCACUCCCUUGGUCGCGCACUAGCCACCCGGCUCCUCCUACCUUGGCCGUCUCCCCGAACGACUCUGAUGACGCCCCUCUCAUGAUGAAGCGCGGCAAUCGCUCUUCUCCUCUGAAGCCCAUCAACGAGGUGCCUCGCUCGGCUGCCCAGCCUAUCCAUGCCACAGCCAGCCACAGCCACCUCCAAGCUGCUCUUUCUCCCCGCACUACCCGGCGCAACAUGCUUGCGACUGAGUUGACCGAGUCUCUUCGCCGCAACCUUCUCUGGGAACGCCAGCAAAAGUCGUCUACUGCCAACGCUGUCCUCAAGAGACGCCAUACCUCUCACGACGUCGCCAACCUGAAGCAGUACCCCGAGAAGGUCUGCCUCAAGAACGGAGACGCCCCGAUCAACCCCCAGUAUUUCUCCAAGGAUACUGACAACUUUGGAGGCUACCACUCCAAGGGAUGCGUGUGGCCUUCGAGUCCGCUCGAGCACAGCUAUUUCUGGUUGCUUUUACACUGCAUUGCGCGCGGCGGCAUCGCAUCGGCUCUGCCAUUCAUCAUAGUACCAUAA